AUGGAUGUUGUUGUUCCUUGUCAGAAAGCUCACAUAUUGAUGGAGUUUUGGGAGCACAGUGCUGAAGUUGCAGUGAUUAAAAUCCCCGGCAACAACAAACACAGCAUCUGGGUGAAAGGUCUCGUGUUUGCUGAUGACGUUGUAGUCCUAGUGCUGUGGGUCAUUGCAAACAGCCAGCAGAAACACAGCAUUGAACUCCAUCGAUUGUUCGGGGAUAUUCUGGCUGCAUCGUGGUUUCCUGCUGGUUCUGGGGGAGCAUCUGCUCUGCUGCCCUUUGGAGCUUAUACAGUUUGCCCACACAGGCAGACUGAACUCCAGACUGACUCUGAGAAGGACGAACAGAAGGUUAUCAUAUUUAAUACCUCUAUCAUGAAGAUGCUGACUGCGUUUCUGCAUGUGUGUCUCAUCAUUGCUGUGACACAAAGUCAUCCUCUUUUUGAGGAAAUUGGGUCAGGUGACUCAAGUAAUGCAGAUGUUGGUUCGCCAGGAGCAACGGGAGACCCACCAUUUGCAACAGAUGUUCCAGAUGAAACAACAACUGUGAUAGCUGACUCAACUACUCAAGAGAGAAUCUAUUAUGACUCAGAGGAAGAUCUAGGAUUUCUGAGAGACAAACCAACUGUGAUAGCUGACUCAACUAAUGAUGAUGGAUACUUUUAUGACUCAGAUGAAGAACUAGGAUAUCCGAGAUGGAGAGAGGAAACAGGCGGGUCUGAUGAUUCAUCUAAUGGAGAUGGAGAAAAUUCUGACACAUCAGAAGAUGCACCAGAUGCAGCAGAGGAAACAGGCGGGUCUGAUGAUUCAUCUAAUGGAGGUGGAGAAAGUACUGACACAUCAGAAGAUGCACCAGAUGCAGCAGAGGAAACAGGCGGGUCUGAUGAUUCAUCUAAUGGAGAUGGAGAAAGUUCUGACACAUCAGAAGAUGCCCCAGUUGCAGCAGAUGCAGAUGAUGCCUGAAACAAAGACACCACCAUAUCAAGACACAUGAAGUUUUUUAAUA